AUGUUGAAGAAACUAUACGCGUGGUGGGUGCAGAAGAGCCAGAGAGAUCUACUUCUGGAAGCUAUCGGUGAUGCGCGGCUAUUCGAGGAAUGGGAGGCGGCUGCGUAUAAGCUCGAUGAAGUGCUCGACUACGACAUGUGGCGACAGACCGCCAUAAGCAAAGACUACGACCAUCGCCUUAUCCAUCAACGUCUCUCCGCCAUCUACGAAGCUCAAGAGGACAAUGACAUCCUUGGGCUUAUCAACCUUCUUCGCAGCGGGCUCGUACGCAAUCUCGGCAACAUAACAGCGCCGAACCUGUACAAUCGCGCAUACGCCGGCACGAAGCUAUUGAUCGAAGACUAUGUCACGCAAGUCGCAUACGCCAUCGAGAACCUCACCCAAUACCCUACGUCGCGAAACUCGGAUACUGGCUUAACAAACCAGGCAAAAUUGGAUGUUCUCCAUGACACAAGGCAAGCGUUUGGUAGAUCUGUGUUGGUGCUGCAGGGUGGACAGGUCUUCGGCAUGUGUCAUCUUGGUGUAGUAAAAGCGCUCCAUCUGCGUGGGUUACUACCUAGAAUCAUAGCUGGGACUGCUACGGGUGCUUUGAUAGCGGCACUGGUGGGUGUGCAUACCGAAGAUGAGCUAUUGGAGUUCCUGACAGGCAACACGAUUGACUUGACGGCAUUCACAAACCGUCCCUACAGGAAGGGCGCUGGAGGAACCGCUUGGAUAGGCACACUGAUACGCCGCUUGAGGCGAUGGUGGAAAGAAGGGCACUUUCUUGAUGUUGGAGUCCUGGAAAAUGUCCUGAGGGCAAACGUGGGAGACUUGACGUUUGAAGAGGCUUAUACGAGGACGAAAAGAGUGCUGAAUAUCACCGUAACGACAGCUAGUGGUGGAGGAAUACCGAACCUUCUGAACUACCUAACCGCUCCUAAUGUCCUUGUCUGGUCUGCAGCUCUUGCCUCCAACGCCACAGCCUCCUCGACCCUCUACCAUUCCGUAACAAUGAUGUGCAAGGACGAUGAAGGCAAUAUUGUCCCUUGGUCUCCAGCUUCAAAAACCACUUUCCGUCCCUACACACACGCCUCGUACCGAGACCGCGAGUCCCCCCUUCAUCGCAUCGGCGAGCUCUUCAACGUAAACCACUUCAUCGUCUCGCAAGCCAGGCCCUACCUCGCACCUUUCCUACGCUCAGACUCACAUCAUCCUAACCCCAAACAAGAUGGCCGCUGGCGACUGAGCAUGCCGAUCCUGCGUCUGGUAGUUCUAGAGAUUCAGCAUAGGUUGCAACAACUCGACGAGUUGGGCCUACUGCCCCCUUCCAUCCGUCGUUUCCUCUUGGACGAAAACAUUCCAGGCCCAAGUCUCACGCUGGUGCCUGAACUUACUCCAAGCGACUUCUUCAAGCUGCUCGAGAAUCCCACGAAAGAGGCGAUUGACUAUUGGAUAUUGAAGGGAGAACGGAGUGUUUGGCCGGCAGUCACAGCGCUCAAGAUCAGGUGUGCGAUUGAGGUGGAGUUGGAUAGGGGAUACCAGCUUGUGAGGAGGAGGAAGCCUUUUGAUCCUGUUCCACCAAGUGGGGGUUUGAAGAAGAGCGGGAGCAGAGGGGAUGUACAGACUGCUUACGGGUUCGAGGAUGAUGGAAGAGCAAGGGAAAAGAGACAAAGAGCGAGGGCUGCGAGCUUUGGGGGAAACGGGUACUUUUGA